GACCGACCAUGGAGCAUCCAAAUUCCAACGCCACGAUAUACUGUCGACAUUUGAAUUUCGAAGCCAAUAGGGUUCAUCAUAUUCAUAUCAUAUCAUCAUAGUUCUACUAUUAAUAAAAAGUUCAACUUAUAACAAAAAGCGGGAAACUACACUAAACAGCCAUGGAAGAAACCACGACAAAGCUUAAACAGCCAUCGAGUCUCCCAUUUGAGUCCAAACAACUUCCUCGUGAAGAUAAUCGAUUGAAGAUGAAGAAACUAGUAGGCGAUGCUCCUAAUUUCUCACUCUUUGAUUUUGAUUCUUCUCCUGAGAACGAGAGUGAUACUAGAGAUUCUGAGGUUUUCGAUGAAGCAAUUGAUGAUAAUAAACCUAAUAUUUCUGGAAUUGUUGAUGCCGUGCCACAUCAUGGGAAGUUAAAGCCGCAGCUGAAGAUGGAGAAAGUGAAAAUUGAAGGAAGGAGACGGCUUUGCAAAUUAUCGUCAAAAAAUAAUGAUGAUGAAUAUGAUGUUCAUAAGGAUAAGAUGAAGGAAGAAAAUCAUCAUUUUUUUGAUGUGUCUGAUUUCAGUUCGCCAUCACCUAAGAAGAACGUAGGUUGUGCGGAAAAUGAGAUUAGGGAUAUAUUGAAUGAUUUAAGUUCAAGGCUUGAGACUCUUACGAUUGAGAAGAGGAGAAACCCUAGGCCAGUUGACCUAAAGGCUGUUCCUUUGGGCGAUAAUUUGUUGCAGGAAGUGAUAGAUAAAGGUGUUGGUCAAAAGGAUGAUGUAGUGGACCAGGGCAAAGAGAAGAAAGUUGAGCGUGGGAAUUUGAGUGAAUCUUAUAGAGACAAUCUUGGCGAGAGAGCUAAACCGAAUAAGAACACAUUUGAAGAGGAAUCGAGAAAUGUAAAUCUGAAAGCGAAGGAAAAGCCCAUUGUUUCUGGUAAAAAACCAGUUUACGAUAUUAAAGAUGAUGGUGAGGAUGAUUGUGUUGAGGUGGGAGGUAGCAAUUGGAAUCAGAGAGAAAAGCUGCAUGAUAGUAAAUUAGGCAGAGAGGAUGGUGAUUCAAGUGUGAUUGAGGUGUUAGAUGAUGAUGAUGAUGCUAAUGAGGCUGUUUCAAAGGAUGAAUAUGCCAUUACUUUGAGUGGCCCUAGAUCAACUUACAAGUUGCCUCCUAAAGUUGGCAAAAUGUUGUAUCCUCAUCAACGUGAUGGCUUGAGGUGGCUUUGGUCUCUUCACUGUCAAGAGAAAGGUGGGAUUUUGGGAGAUGACAUGGGCUUGGGGAAAACCAUGCAGGUUUCUGGUUUUCUGGCUGGUUUGUUUGAUUCGCGUUUGAUAAACAGAGCAAUGAUUGUUGCUCCUAAGACACUGAUACCUCACUGGAUCAAAGAACUAACUGCUGUGGGUCUUUCACGGAAGAUAAAAGAAUAUUUUGGGACGUGUCCAAAGUUACGGCAGUAUGAGCUUCAAUAUGUGUUUCAGAAUAAGGGUAUUCUUUUGACAACUUAUGAUAUUGUACGGUUCAAUACAAAACAACUUUGCGGAAGUGGUUUGUAUGAUGAAGAUUGUGAUGACGGUCCUCUCUGGGACUAUAUGAUACUUGACGAGGGUCAUCUCAUAAAGAAUCCAAGUACACAAAGAGCUAAGAGCUUACUUGCUAUACCCUGUGCUCAUCGUAUUAUCAUUAGUGGCACACCAAUACAAAAUAACCUAAAGGAGCUGUGGGCACUCUUCAACUUCUGCUGCCCUGAUCUGUUAGGCGACAACAAAGAGUUCAGAGAAAAGUAUGAACACCCAAUUCUUCGUGGUAAUGACAAAAGAGCCUCUGAAAGGGAUAAGCGGGUGGGUUCAAUGGUUGCGAAGGAGUUAAGGGAACGCAUCCAGCCUUACUUUCUCCGACGCUUGAAAAGUGAAGUAUUUUGUAAUAAUGAGUUUGGAGAGAGUCCUAAAUUGUCCAAGAAGAAUGAGAUAAUAGUGUGGUUGCGGUUGACUAACUGCCAGCGCAAGUUAUAUGAAGCCUUUCUGAAGAGUGAAAUAGUUCUUUCAGCUUUUGAUGGCUCUCCUCUUGCUGCAUUAACGAUUUUGAAAAAGAUUUGUGAUCAUCCAUAUCUGUUGACAAAGAGAGCAGCUGAAGAUGUUUUGGAAGGCAUGGAUUCGAUGCUUAAUCUGGAAGAGCGUGGCCUAGCUGAGAAAUUGGCCAUGCAUGCUGCACAUCUAACAGAAAAUGAUGAUAUCCAGGAGAAGCAUGAUAAUCUCUCAUGCAAGAUAUCGUUCAUACUAUCUUUGUUGAAAAAUUUAAUUCCAGAGGGGCAUAGCGUUCUUAUCUUUUCACAAACUCGCAAAAUGCUCAAUCUCAUCCAGGAAUCCUUGACGAUGAAUGGUUUUGACCAUUUGCGCAUUGAUGGCACAACAAAAGCUAGUGACAGAUUGAAGAUUGUAGAAGAAUUCCAAGAAGGUCGUGGUGCACCUAUUUUUCUAUUGACCUCUCAAGUCGGUGGCCUUGGGCUAACCCUUACAAAAGCUGAUCGUGUAAUUGUUGUAGAUCCAGCAUGGAAUCCUAGUAUGGAUAACCAAAGUGUAGACCGUGCCUAUCGAAUUGGUCAGAAGAAAGACGUUAUAGUCUACCGAUUGAUGACAUGCAGUACAAUUGAAGAAAAAAUAUAUCGAAAGCAGAUAUUCAAGGGAGGCUUGUUUAAAACAGCUACAGAGCACAAAGAGCAAACACGCUAUUUCUCUCAGCAGGACCUUACGGAACUUUUCAGCCUUCCCAAAGAUGGUUUUGAUGUUUCUCCCACUCAGUUGCAGUUACUUGCAGAGCAUGGUGAUCAGAUUUCAAUGAGUGACUUUUUGAAUGUGCAUAUCAAAUUCCUGGAAUCUUUAGGCAUUGGUGGUGUCAGUCACCACAGUUUGCUCUAUUCCAAAACUGAACCUACAUCAGUUGCCCAGGUUGAAGAAGAUGAGACAAGGAGAACAGGAACCCAAAUUUAUAGAAGAUUUGGUUCUUCUUCAACAGAACAUUAUGUUAAUGGGUCUCAAUAUGCAUUUUGUCCAAAGGAUGUAAACCUCCACAAGAUGAAUUCUUCCCCACAAUGUGCUGCUAAAAUAACUGAAUCAGAUAUCAAGGAGAGAAUCAAUCGACUUUCUCAACUCCUAUCAAAUAAGGAUACUAUUUCAAGAUUGCCAGACAAAGGGGAGAAAAUUCGGAAGCAAAUCGCAGAAUUAAAUAUGGAGCUCGAAAACUUAACCACACCCGAGAAGGCCAACCAGGUCGUUGAAUUGGAUGAAAUUACUGAUGCAUUACAGAGGUCAUUACAUGUAUAGAACAUUCAUGUAGGAAACAUCAUUGUUUCCCUUUUUUGCUUUGAACGAGAAUGUAAAUAAACUUGUGGCUUUACAAUUUUGCUCGGUGAAGUUCAACUAAGGCCAUUCACAAGGGCACUGGCUUGAUGCCCGUUGCUGGAAUGAAGUCAAUCUAACAUUUUAUUACAUUUCGUUAUCCCAGUAUCAUUAUAUGCUUUCAUUGCUGAAUUUAAAAAUCAAUUGAACAUUGGAUUAUGAAGUAAAAAUAUCUUCAUUUUAUGUGAUACCAUAACAGAAGUAUCUAGCAAGUUCUGUAUUUUCUGAAUCACUGUAGCUCCAUAUCAUUUCUCUGAUCACAUGAUAUUAAAAACGCAGGUUUUAUCAAUAAUUUCUCUGUAUUUUAUAUCACUUGCUGCCAGGCUGCAUCAACA